AUGGCCGACCGAAUCGUAGAGCUGUGUGAAAAUUUCACUAAGAUCGGGUUGGCACGAGAAUGUGAGAGGCGUCAAAUCGACUCAUCGGGAAACAACGAAACGAUGGCGAAGAGAAUACUCGCCCAUGAUGCAACGACGGUGGCCGAAAUCAACGAGCAAGACAGCCGUCAUGGAGAGGAGGAUUUCGGCGAUGAACACGACGGUGAUUAUAUCGACGACGACGGAGAAAACGAUAAGGACGACGACGAUGAUAAACAAAACAACGACGUCAGCCGCCAUAACGACGAUGGCAACAACGAUGAUACUAGUAGUAGUGACGGGAACUCGUUGCGUUUCCGUACUGCUAUGCACGACGCACCCACAUCAACACCGAGGAAUACACGAGCUAAACCGGUGGAACAACGACCGUAUUCAUUCCGUGACGUCGAAGACAGCAUCGAAUCAUUCGGCGCUGAAGAUGGCCAGGACAUAAAAGACUGGAUGCUGCAAUUCAAAACCAUGUCGAAAACAGCGAAUUGGAGUGACGAGCAAAAGAUGAUUAUGUGCAGGAAGAAAAUGACGGGCACUGCAAGACGAUUUGUUUUUGCGCAGCGUGACCUGACGUCAUUUACGAAACUGAAGAACGCUCUGAUUAAGGAAUUUGCGCCAUUUGUCCGAGCGAGCGACGUCCAUCGCAAGCUGGCUGCGCGAAAGAAAAAGCCGACGGAAAGCACGAGAGACUACAUAUACGAAAUACAGCGCAUCGCUCUGGCAAUUGACCUUGACGAAGCAAGCAUCUGCGAGUACGUGGUCGAUGGAAUCACCGAUGAUGAUUUCCACCGAUCUCUCCUCUACGAAGCCCAGAGCAUCAGCCAGUUGAAAGAGAAACUUCUAAACUUCGAGAAGGUGCAAAUGAAAUCGACGAAGAAACCCCGAGCCGAUGAUUUUGGUCCGAAGCGAAAGGAACAUCGGAAACCGGAACCGAGAAAAGAGAGCGAAAAAACAGACACGAAACGACACUGCUACAACUGUGGGGAACCGUCGCAUGUAGCCACCGAUUGCCCGCAGAAAAACGACGGGCCAGAAUGCUUCAACUGCAACGCGUUCGGGCAUGUUUCGAAGGAGUGCACAAAGAAGAAGGAGAAGAAGCCUGCAAAAGUGAAUGUUUUAAAAAGUGUAAACAGUCGCAAACCGAGUUUGCGAAUAAAAAUGAACGACAUCGAGAUUUCCGGCAUAAUCGACACCGGCAGUGAGGAGUCUUUGAUUCGCAAGGACUUGUGGUCGAGGUUGGCUGUAAACGGUUCGCGUUUGCAAAAAUCAAACAUGAAAGUACGCGGCUACGGUGGUGGUGUUGAUGUUGUCAUUGGCGAAACAGUGUUGAAUGCGUUUGUAGAGAACGAAGAGCAUACGAUUUGCUUCUAUGUAGUGCCGUGUGAAGCUAUUGAUAUUCCAAUGCUGAUUGGCAUGGAUUUUCUCGGAAAAGUGGACUAUGCAAUCACUUCGGAAGGGGACUGUACCAGUGAUGACGAUAUAACGGUACCACCGAAAUAUCGUGAGCAGGUGUUAGAGCUGAUUGAGAACUAUAAGCCAGAAACCUCAGUGCGACCCGUGAACGAACUUCGAAUAAAUUUAACGGACAAUGAAAUCGUAUGUGAAUAUCCACGAAGAUUAGCUGGUUUGGAAAAAGAGGUUGUGAAGAAGCAGAUCGACGAAUGGCUUGACGAGGGAAUAAUUCAGCCGUCAACCAGUGAAUAUGCCAGUCCUAUCGUUGUGGUCCCGAAGAAGGACGGAACACGUCGAGUGUGUGUCGACUACCGGCAAAUUAACAAAAAAGUAGUGCGCGACAAAUUUCCGACCCCGAAUGUGGAAGAGCAAAUAGACCAGUUAUCUGAGGCACGAGUAUACACGACGCUGGAUCUUAGAAACUCAUAUUUUCACGUGGCGAUUGAAGAAAGUAGCAGGAAAUAUACAUCAUUCGUUACCAACGAUGGCCAGUACGAGUUCCUACGUGCUCCAUUCGGUUUAUGCACGAGUGGAAAUGCGUUUGGUCGCUUUAUCAGUGCAGUGUUGAAAGAUUUGGUGAAAGACGGAAAAGUGAUAGCGUUUGUGGACGAUGUUAUUAUACCGUCGAAGAACGAACAAGAAGGAAUUGAAUUGCUGAAGACGGUGCUGAAAGUAGCAGAAGAAGCAGGGUUGUAUUUUAACUGGAAAAAGUGUGCUUUUCUGCAACGACGAGUCGAAUAUUUGGGAUACACCAUCUACGAUGGCUGCAUCAAGCCGGCACCGGCCAAGGUCGAGAAGCUGAAGCAAUUUCCACAACCGACGACAGUGAAAGAAUUACAGCGCUUCUACGGUCUGGCAAGUUAUUUCCGGAGGUUCAUCCCCGCAUUUGCUAGCAUUGCUCGCCCACUUUCCGGUAUGUUAAGAAAAGAAAGUUGUUUUGAUUUUGAUGCUGAUGCGGUAGCUGCGUUCAACCGCAUUAAGGAAAUACUGACGAGUUAUCCUGUUUUGCGUAUUUUCUGUCCUGGAGCGGAGACUGAAGUCCACACGGAUGCGAGUAAAGUUGCGUUAGCUGGCAUUCUUAUGCAACGAGCGAAAGACGACGGCAAGUUCCAUCCCUGUUAUUAUUACAGUCGCUUGACUACUGGAGCUGAGAAGAACUACCAUUCUUAUGAAUUGGAGACGUUGGCAGUGGUAGAGUCUUUGAAAAAGUUUCGAUGUUACUUGUUGGGCUACAGGUUCAAGAUUGUGACGAACUGUAGAGCCUUCAAAGAUACGAUGAUGAAACGUAAGAUGAACGCAAGAGUCGCUAGGAGGGUUGUUGAUCUCGCUGAGUUUGAGUAUGAAAUCGAGCAUCGUUCAGGAGAGAAGAUGCGGCAUGUCGAUGCUUUGUUCCGUGCCGAUGUACUAGUCGUUUCUGCUUCCGUCACUGCUCAAGUUCGCUCUGCACAGGCCGACGAUGAUAGGGUGAAGGCGAUUAUUGCUGAGUUGACACAAACCGAUUCGUCCAAGGAAUUUUCCAUCUGUAACGGAGUGCUUUACAAGGGAGAAGACGAAGCUCGUAGGUUGUACGUGCCAGAGUGCAUUGAGAUGACCAUUAUUCGUAACGCUCACGAAAAAGGUCACUUUGGUGUGAAGAAAACGAUGGAUCGGAUCGAGAGUGAAUAUUUCAUACCGGGCGUAGAGGACAAGAUAAAACGGUGA